GUGACCCUGACGUCAUUACCCUGUUGUCGACGGCGUCUGCGUGGAGUUUGAUGAACACAAACAGGAAGUCUAGAUUCGGUUGCAACCGAUAAUGGCCACCGAUAAAACUGCAUACACUCUACUGGACGAAGAACUCCCGCUGCCGCAGACGUCGUUUGCGCCCGCAUCAGCGCCGAAUGUGUUCUUGGGCUCUCCCGGGGGUCUCCCUCUCCCUACGCCUGCAGCUGCUUUUGGGCCUGGUGUACCUGGAGAUUUCGGUAUGAGCAACCAAGCAUCCUCGCCGUAUUCUCCACCUGCCUAUGGCUUUCACGACAACAUAUGCGACACUUCAGGUGAUGCUUUCCACAAUGAGGAGGACCCGCCACCAUUUCAUGAUAACCACGACUUCGGUUUCGGUUUGGAUAACAAAACCAUAAGAAGAGCUUUCAUUCGGAAGGUGUUCUUGGUGCUAACUGCUCAACUGGUGGUGACGUUCUCCUUUGUGGUGCUUUUCAUCUCUGUGGACGAAAUUAAGUUGUUCGCGAAAGAAAACAUCUGGGCCUAUAUUGUGUCCUACGUUACAUUCUUUGUGUGCAUGUGCGCCAUCAGCUGCUGUGGAAACCUCCGCAGGCAACAUCCGUGGAACCUGAUUGCAUUAUCCAUCCUGACCCUCAGUAUUUCGUAUAUGGUGGGAAUGAUUGCCAGCUUCCAUGAAACUGACAUCGUGGUCAUAGCAUUGGGCAUCACAGCUGUGGUCUGCUUCACUGUGGUUAUCUUUUCUCUCCAGACCAAGUAUGAUUUCACUUCUUGUUAUGGCGUGAUGUUCGUCUGCUGCGUUGUCCUCAUCCUCUUCAGCCUGCUGUGCAUCAUCAUGCGUGACAGGAUCAUGCACAUUGUGUAUGCUGGACUUGGAGCCUUGCUCUUCACCUGUUUCUUGGCAGUGGACACCCAGCUGCUGCUUGGCAACAAGGAAUUGUCCUUGCAUCCUGAAGAAUUUGUCUUUGCUGCACUUAACCUGUAUAUGGACAUCAUCAACAUCUUUCUCUACAUUCUUGCUAUUUUGGGAAAGGCCAGGGGCAGCUGAGCUCAAGAGAGUCAUAGAAAAUCAUGUCAGAAUACUAUUUUUUGUUAAUUGUGUUCGUUGAAGUGAGGUCUUGUAGUAGGAUUUUUUUUUUAAGUUGCUUUCACUGAUCAAAAGACUGUGGUGAAUUGUCUUUUCUUCACCUGGCCUUUUAUAAAAUCAAAUUGUUAUUCAGUGGUGAUACGUAUUAUGAAAGGAAUAUGUAGAUUGAUUGUAAUAUUUUGCCUCAUUAAACCUUUCCUAAGUACAUUACAGUCAGUUCAAAAAUGUGUUCUAUUGAAAUAGAUCAUACCUUUGACCAAUUA